CGCUCGGGACGCGGGCUUGGUGAGGAGUUUCGCCGGUGUCUAGGCCUGCGCACUGGCAGGAGGCAGACUCAUCCACCUUUAGCAGUUUGUUUAGUAAAACAUGAGGACCUUUUUAAGGCAGUCGUUUGGAGGACAGCUGUUUAUAUGACAGUAUUUCCAUUUGUUGUUGUUAAUUUGAGGUCAUUCGAUUGGUGUUUAUACUGCUCCAAAAUCAACUUUUUCUCCAGAUUUCAGUUUUCUGGGCAAAGUUUACGUGAGAUGGAAGAUUUUCGAGGGAUAGCAGAAGAAUCAUUUCCAAGCUUUCUAACCAAUUCAUUAUUUGGUAACAGUGAGAUUUUGGAAAAUGUCACUCUUUCUUCAAAUCUUGGUUUGCCUGUUGCAGUUUCCACACUUGCUAGAAAUACAUCCAGCACUGAAAACAGAUAUCCUGAUAUCCAGGCAUCUUACUUAGUAGAAGGGAGAUUUUCAGUUCCAUCUGGGUCAUCUCCCAGAAACCAGAGUGACACUGAACCAAUAGAGAGGGUACAGCUUAGCUUCCAGGAUGAUGAUUCUAUCUCUAGGAAAAAGAGCUAUGUGGAAAGUCAACAUUUGUCAAAUGCUUUCAGGAAACAGUCAGCUUUCCAAAUGGAGACAGUAGGACCAGAAGAGGAGCCAGGUGGAGCUACAGAAUCCUUGCAAGGCCAAGAUUUCUUCGACAGGGCAUCACCAUUGGAACAAGCACAAGACUCACCUAUUGAUUUUCAUCUACAGUCAUGGAUGAAUAAUAAGGAACCCAAGAUUAUUGUGCUUGAUGCUGGAAAACAUUUUGAAGACAAGACUCUAAACAGUGACUUAAGCCACACUAGCUUAUUAGAAAAUGAGAAACUUAUGCUACCGACAAGCUUGGAAGAUUCUUCUGAUGAUGAUAUUGAUGAUGAAAUGUUUUAUGAUGAUCAUUUGGAGGCUUAUUUUGAGCAACUGGCAAUUCCAGGAAUGAUGUAUGAAGACCUAGAAGGACCAGAACCUCCAGAAAAAGGUUUUAAGUUACCUACAAGUGAUCUUAGUCAGGCAAAUGAAAACAGUAGCUUAAACUGCAAGUUUCAAUCAGAAAAUAACAGCUCUCUGAUUUCUUGUGGCUCACACUCUUCUGAAACAACUUACAGAGAUUCUCAGGAAGGCCAAAUUAUUUGUCUACCUGGGACUAAUAAUUCUGUAGGUGCUGGAGGCAGUAGAAGGCACACAGAUGGUAUGUUACCAUUUUCCUGUGAUACUUGGAGAAUUGAGAAAGAAAUGGAAAAUUUGAACAAUUUUGUUCCAGAUCUUAGCAGCGAAAGUGCAAAAAAAGAUGUUUUGGUGAAGACCCUCAGGGCUACUGACGUGAAACUUAACUCUGAUAAUUUUCAUGAUGCAAAUGCUGAUGGUGGCUUUGACCCAACUGACCCUGUAAAACAGGAGACAGAGUCUCCUCAUCAAAAUAAGACAGUUUUGCAUAUGGAUGGAUGUUUGGACACUGAGACUCCUAAAAUGUCCGUUCAAGAAAAUGUGGAUGUAGCGUCUUUGAAGCCUAUCAGUGACAGUGAAAUUAAUUUCACUGAUGCCGUUUGGUCACCAACUUCUGAAAGGCGAACAUGUGAAUGUCACGAGUCCAUUGAAAAGAAUAAAGACAAAAGAGAUCUCCCACAGAAUGUGGUCUAUCAAAAUGAAGAGGGUAGGUGGGUGACGGACCUUGCCUAUUACACAUCUUUUAAUAGCAAACAAAAUUUAAAUAUAUCUCUAAGUGAUGAGAUGAAUGAAGACUUCAGAUCUGGUUCUGAAGCAUUUGAUUUGAUUGCACAAGAUGAAGAAGAAUUUAAUAAAGAGCAUCAGUUUAUACAGGAAGAAAACAUAGAUGCUCAUAACACUUCAUUUGCACUGGGCGAUACGUCCUGGGGAGCUACAAUUAAUUACAGUCUGUUGAGGAAAUCACAUAGCACAUCAAAUUUGGAUAAAGAUGAUGCCAGUUAUUUACGUCUAUCUUUAGGAGAGUUCUUUGCUCAAAGAUCUGAAGCUCUGGGUUGCCUUGGUGGUGGUAACAAUGUAAAAAGACCAUCAUUUGGCUAUUUUAUUAGAUCACCAGAGAAGAGAGAACCUGUUGCCUUGAUAAGAAAAUCUGAUGUAUCGAGAUGUAAUACAGAAAGAGAAAUCGCUCAUCUUAACCAUGAUCUGUAUUCAGUAGAUUUAAAUGAACAGUCCCAGGCACAGCUAAGUGAAGGAUCAAUUACACUUCAGGUUGAAGCUGUGGAGAGUACUUCACAAGUGGAUGAAAAGGAUGUGACGUUAACAACUGAUAAAGGCAAGACAGAGGACAAUUUCUUCAUGAACAACAAACCCCAAAGAUACCAAGACAAGCUACCAGAUAGUGGUGAUUCUAUGCUUAGGAUCAGCACUAUUGCUUCAGCCAUCACAGAGGCAUCAGUUAAUGCUGAUCCUUCCCAACUUGCUGCUAUGAUCAAGGCACUUUCAAAUAAAACCAGAGACAAGACUUUUCAGGAAGAUGAGAAACUAAAGGACUGUUCUCAUGUGUGUCAUUUCUUACCUAAUGAUUUAGAAAAAAGUAAUGGAUCCAAUGCAUUUGAUAUGGAGAAAUAUCUUAGAAAAACAGAAAUUAGUAGAUAUGAAAAUGGAAUGGAAAACUUUUCAAGGGCUGGUAUAUCUGAUAUUUGGGAUUUAUCUUUGCCCAAAGAACCAACUGCUCAAGAUAUUCAUACAGUGGAUGUAAGUGCUACUAGUAUAAGUAUGAGGGAACCAGAAGAAAACACAGCAGCUGUUGUUCAUGUUGAAAAUGGGGAGAGUGAGAACCAAGAGUCAUUUAGAACUAUAAACUUUUCAAAUUCACUUACAAAUAUGAGAGAGAAUGGCAGUGCAAUAGUUGAUGUGAAGACAUGUUCCAUUGACGACAAAUUAGCAGAUGUUGGUAACAGUGAAAAAGCCACCUCAAUUUCUACUCCAUCUGAUAGUUAUUCAUCAGUGAAGAACCCCAGCAUAACAUCCCUUUGUCUGUUAAAAGACUGUGAAGAAAUACGAGAUAAUAGAGAAAAUCAGAGGCAGAAUGAGUGUGUCAUGGAAACAAGCAACAGUGAAAAGCAUGUGACUUUUGAAAACCAUUGCAUAGUCUCACCUAAAAAUAGCGAUUUGAAAAAGACCUCUCCUGAGCAUGGUGGACGUGGCUCAGAGGAUGAACAGGAGAGCUUCAGACCUUCCACAUCACCACUGAGUCAUUCUUCUCCUAGUGAAAUGUCCGGAACAAGUUCAUCAGGAUGCACGUUAGAGACCUUUGGUUCAGCAGCUCAGCAGCAGCAGCAGCCUCCCUGUGAGCAGGAAUUGUCUCUCUUGGCCUGCUCGCCUGCUGGUAUGAGCAGGCUGACGUAUGUGUCCCAACCAGAGAGCUCCUAUCCUACCACAACCACAGAUGAUGGCCUGGAGGACUGCAAGAGUGAUAUCACCAGCGAGUUGAGCACCACAAUUAUUCAAGCCAGUCCAGCCCCAUUGGAGGAACGGGAUAUGGAAAAAUUGAGAGAAAACGUUCCAUUUCAGAAUAGAGGGAAAGGAACAUUGUCAUCUAUUAUCCAGAACAACUCUAAUACUAGAAAAGCAACUGAAACUACUUCUCUGAGUAGCAAGCCUGAAUAUGUGAAACCUGACUUUAGAUGGAGUAAAGAUCCUUCCUCCAAAAGUGGAAAUCUGUUGGAAACCAGUGAGGUAGAUUUGACAUCAAACCCUGAGGAAUUGGACCCAAUCAGGCUGGCUCUCCUGGGCAAGUCAGGUCUGAGCUGUCAGGUGGGGUCAGCCACAUCACACCCUGUGUCCUGUCAGGAGCCUGUAGAUGGUGAUCGAAGAAUAAUUCCUAAAGAUAUGUCAACUGCUGGCCAUGAGUUCAGUGGCCGGGUUUCUCAUCAGACCACCUCUGAAAGCCAGUGCGCUCCUAUUCCCAGAAGCACAGUUCAUGGUUCUGUGACUGACAUGCGGAGCAUGCCUGCUGCUCUGCAUGCAGUCUUGAUGCAACCCUCUCUCAGCACAGCUCCCUUCGCUCAGCAGUAUUUGGGAACUCUCCCUUCAGCUGGAAGUGCCGCCUUGCCUCAGUGCCAUGCUGGCAGUACCACAGUCUGUGGCUUCUCAGGAGGCCUUCCCUAUCCAGCUGUUGCAGGAGAGCCUGUGCAGAACUCAGUGGCUAUGGGAAUUUGUCUAGGACCAAAUAUCAGCUCUGGAUGGAUGGGUACCUCUUCCGUCUGUAACCCAUAUUGUAAAUCCUUAAAUGAGAACCUGCUAAGCACAGCAAAACCUUUCCCUGUGCCGUCUGUUGGUACGAACUGUGGAACUGAACCAUGGGAUUCAGGAAUGACAUCAGGAUUGGGGAGUGUCCGAGUGCCUGAGGAGUUGAAGCUUCCUCAUGCCUGCUGUGUCGGGAUCGCUUCCCAGACCCUCCUCAGUGUGCUCAACCCAACGGACCGUUGGCUGCAAGUCAGCAUUGGGGUCCUCAGCGUUUGUGUUAAUGGUGAAAAGGUGGAUCUUUCAACACAUCAUUGUUUAGUUUUCAAGAAUAAAGUCAUCAUAAGACCUCAUGCCACAGAAGAGAUAAAAGUGCUUUUUAUACCAUCCAGUCCUGGGGUUUUCAGAUGCACAUUCAGUGUUGCUUCUUGGCCAUGUUCAACAGAUGCUGAGACUAUCGUACAGGCGGAAGCUUUGGCCAGCACCGUCACUCUCACUGCCGUUGCCGAGAGUCCUGCUAUUGAGGUAGAAACAGAAAAGAAAAAUGUUCUUGAUUUUGGUGACUUGACUUACGGAGGCUGGAAAUCCCUCCCACUAAAAUUAAUAAACCGGACGCAUGCCACUGUACCAAUUAGACUGAUUAUUAAUGCUAAUGCCAUAGCCUGGCACUGUUUCACGUUUUCCAAGGAACCCGUCCGAGCGCCUGCAGAAGUUGCUUCUUGCGCUGAUGUGGUCACUCGGCUAGCAGGCCCUUCUGUGGUCAACUAUAUGAUGCCUGCUAGUUAUGAUGGACAGGAUCCAGAAUUCCUGAUGAUUUGGGUUCUUUUCCAUACUCCAAAGAAACAGAUCAGCUCUUCAGAGAUUCUGGACUCAGCAGAAGAAUUCUUAGCAAAAGUUGAUAUAGAAGUUGACAGCCCAAACCCGACACCAGUUCUUAGAAGUGUGAGUCUCCGAGCAAGAGCAGGAAUAGCUAGGAUCCACGCUCCCAGGGACUUGCAGACGAUGCAUUUGUUGGCCAAAGUGGCUUCCUCAACAAAGCAGCACUUACCUUUGAAAAAUGCUGGGAACAUUGAAGUUCAUUUGGAUAUCAAGGUCCCAGAACAAGGAAGUCACUUUUCAGUGGAUCCUAAGAAUCUGUUCCUUAAACCUGGAGAAGAACAUGAGGUUAUUGUUUCAUUUACUCCAAAGGAUCCUGAAGCCUUUGAGGAAAGGAUCUUGAAAAUAUUUGUGCAGCCAUUUGGACCUCAGUAUGAAGUAGUGUUAAAAGGUGAAGUCGUUUCUUCAGAAAGUAAACCGCUGUCACUUGGACCUUGCUUAGAUAUUCCAUCAAUUUUGUCCAACAAACAAUUUCUGGCUUGGGGAGGAGUCCCUCUUGGUAGAACACAGCUUCUGAAACUAGCUUUAAGAAAUAAUUCUGCAUCUACAACUCAACAUUUACGACUGCUUAUUAAAGGACAAGAUCAGGACUGCUUUCAGCUUCAGAACACUUUUGGUUCAGAACAGCGAUUGACCAGUAACUAUGAGAUCAGAAUUCACCCAAAGGAAGACAUUAUCAUCUCUGUAUUGUUUGCACCUACUCGAUUAUCUUGCAUGUUGGCUAGACUGGAAAUCAAACAACUUGGAAAUCGAUCACAACCAGGCGUUAAGUUCACAAUACCUUUGUCUGGAUAUGGAGGAACAAGUAAUCUUAUUUUGGAAGGCGUUAAAAAAUUAUCUGACAGUUACAUGGUAACAGUGAAUGACUUAGUACCUGGCAAAGAAAGUAAAAUCGUUUUUUCUGUCCGCAACACUGGCUCCCGAGCAGCUUUUGUUAAAGCAGUAGGUUUUAAGGAUCCUCAGAAAAAAGUUUUGCUGGAUCCUAAAGUAUUGAGGAUUUUUCCAGAUAAAUUUGUACUCAAGGAAAGAACACAAGAAGAUGUUACUUUAAUAUAUAAUCCAUCAGACAGAGAAAUCAAUAAUAAAACUGCAACAGAACUAUCAACUGUAUACUUAUUUGGUGGAGAUGAAAUUUCAAGACAGCAAUAUCGAAGGGCCCUGUUACAUAAGCCAGAGAUUAUAAAACAGAUACUUCCAGAACGCAGUGUGCUUCAAAACAUUAAUUUUGCUGAAGCAUUUCAAGAUGAGCUAUUAAUAACUGAAGUAUAUGAUCUCCCCCAGCGGCCUAAUGAUGUUCAGCUUUUUUAUGGAAGCAUGCGUAAAAUUAUACUUUCAGUAAUUGGAGGAUUCAGGGAUUGCAUUUCUAGCAGAGAAUUCCUUCAGUCUUCUUCCAAAGCUAGCUUGGAAUCUACAAGCGACUUGGGAGCUUCUGGGAAACAUGGUGGCAACAUCUCUUUGGAUGUUUUACCAGUCAAAGGUCCUCAAGGUUCUCCUCUUCUUUCACAAGCGGCUUGCCCGCCUUCGGAUCAGCUGGCCUCUGAAGAGCCGUGGACUGUCCUCCCCAAGCACCUGAUUCUGGUAGCUUCUUCUCCUUGUGACAUGGCAAAAACUGGACGUUUCCAGAUUGUGAAUAACUCUGUGAGGUUUUUGAAAUUUGAGCUGUGCUGGCCAGCUCAUUGCCUCACAGUCACACCGCAGCACGGAUGUGUCGCACCAGAGAGUAAACUACAAAUUCUUGUGAGUCCUAAUUCCUCCUUAUCCACAAAACAGUCAAUGUUCCCGUGGAGUGGUUUGAUCUACAUACACUGCGACGAUGGACAGAAGAAAAUUGUAAAAGUUCAAAUUCGAGAAGAUUUAACUCAAGUGGAACUUUUAACUCGUUUGACCUCCAAACCAUUUGGAAUUCUUUCCCCAGUAUCUGAGCCAUUUGGUCAUUUGGUCAAACCAAUGACAAAACCACCUUCCACAAAAGUUGAAAUAAGAAACAAGAGUAUUACUUUUCCUACAACAGAACCUGGUAAAACUUCAGAGAGCUGUCUGGAACUCCAGAAUCAUGGCACCAUAGACGUGAAAUGGCAUCUGUCGUCUUUAGCUCCGCCUUAUGUGAAGGGAGUUGAUGAAAGUGGAGAUGUUUUUAGAGCCACCUAUGCAGCCUUCAGAUGUUCCCCUAUUUCUGGUCUACUGGAAAGCCAUGGGACACAAAAAGUCUCCAUCACAUUUUUGCCCAGAGGUAGAGGGGAUUAUGCCCAGUUUUGGGAUGUUGAAUGCCACCCUCUUAAGGAGCCUCACAUGAAACACACGUUGAGAUUCCAACUCUCUGGACAAAGCAUCGAAGCAGAAAAUGAGCCUGAAAACACAUGCCUUUCCUCAGAUUUCCUUGUUAAAAUAGACCAUUUAGUUAAGCCCCAAAGACAAGCUACGUCAGAGGCUUCUGCUCGCAUACCUGACAGGCAGCUUGAUGUGACUGCUCGUGGAGUUUAUGCCCCAGAGGAUGUGUACAGGUUCCUGCCAACUAGUGUCGGGGAAUCACGGACACUCAAAGUCAAUCUGCGAAAUAAUUCUUUUAUUACACACACACUGAAGUUUUUGAGUCCCAGAGAGCCAUUCUAUGUCAAACAUUCCAAGUACUCUUUGAGAGCCCAGCAUUACAUCAACAUGCCUGUGCAGUUCAAACCAAAGUCCACGGGCAGAUUCGAAGCUUUGCUUGUCAUUCAAACAGAUGAAGGCAAGAGUAUUGCUAUUCGACUAAUUGGUGAAGCUCUUGGAAAAAAUUAACUGGAAUACAUUUUUGUGUAAAGUAAAUUACAUAAGUUGUAUUUUGGUAACUUUAUCUUUCUACACUACAAUUAUGCUUUUGUAUAUAUAUUUUGUAUGAUAAAUUGGAUGUCUAUAAUUGUAAAUUUUUUUGUUUUUGCAAGCUAAUACUGAAGACUUGACUGAAAUAUCAUGUAUCUAGCCUACAGUAUUGUACUUAACUUUUACAGGUGAGAAGAGAGCUCUGUGUUUGUAUUGAUUAUGAUAUUCUGAAUAAAUAUGGCACAUAUUUUAA